UGUGCCUUUGUAGUCUCUGUAUUAGCAUCGAGGGAGGGAGCUAGAGAGCGUUCCGGGUGAAUUAGCUAUGGCGAAGGGGCACAUCAUGGUGCUGCCGUUCCCGGCACAGGGACACGUGGUGCCCCUGAUGGAGCUCUCGCACCGCCUGGUGAACCACGGCUUCGAGGUCACCUUCGUCAACACUGAGGUAAACCACGCGCUGGUGCUCGCGGCUCUGCCGACGUCGGGACCGGAUGGGAUGCACGGCAUCCACCUGGCGUCCAUCCCGGACGGGUUGGCCGACGAUGAGGACCGCAAGGACCUCAGCAAGCUCAUCGACGCCUUCUCCACCCACAUGUCAGCUCACCUAGAGAAGCUCGUGGGCGAGAUGGAGGCCGCCGGGAGGCCUAGGGUGAAGUGGCUCGUUGGCGACCUCAACAUGGGGUGGUCCUUCGAGGUCGCCGUGAAGCUCGGAAUCCGUGUUUGCUCCUUCUGGCCGGUGUCCGCGGCGUGCCUGGCCAUCAUGCUCAACAUCCCCGACCUCAUUCAGGACGGUGUCCUUAACCACAAGGGAUGGCCUGAGCGGGAGGAGACACUGCAGCUUGGCCCCGGGGUGCCACCGCUCCACACGUCCCUCUUGUCGUGGAACAACACGGUCGCCCCGUCCGGGCAGCCCACCAUCUUCCAGCUUGUGUGCCAGAACAACAGGCUCAACGACCUCGCCGAGAUCGUCGUGUGCAACUCGUUCCAGGAGGCCGAGGCUGGCGCCUUCAAGCUCUUCCCCGGCAUCCUUCCCAUCGGCCCGCUCUUGGUUGACGGAGGGGAGUCCCAGAAACCCGUCGGCAACUUCUUGCCGGAGGACACGGCGUGCCUCCAAUGGCUUGACGCGCGUCGUCGCCGCUCCGUCGUGUACGUCGCGUUCGGUACCUUCGCCGUCCUUGACCCGCGCCAGUUCCAGGAGCUGGCCGAGGGGCUAGAACUCACGGGUCGGCCGUUCCUGUGGGCCGUGCGCCCGGACUUCAGCACCGGCCUGGACAAGGCAUGGCUCCACGACUUCCAGCAGCGCGUCGCCGGCACGGGCAUGAUCGUCAGCUGGUGCCCCCAGCGGCAGGUCCUGGCGCACCCCGCGGUGGGGUGCUUCCUGUCGCACUGCGGGUGGAACUCUAUGAUGGAGGCAGCCACCAACGGCAUGCCCGUUCUAUGCUGGCCAUACUUCUGCGAACAGUUCCUGCACCGGGGCUACAUCACCGACGUGUGGAGAACCGGCCUGGCUGUGUCCCCGGCCGCCGCCGACGGUGUCGUCACCAAGGAGGAGGUGAGGAGCAAGGUGGACAAGGUCAUCACUGACCAGGGAUUCAAAGAGAGAGCAAGGUAGUUCAAGGAUGCGGCCUCAAGGUGCAUCGCCAAGGGUGGCUCGUCGGAGCACAAUUUCACCACAUUUGUGGACCUCCUAAGCAAAUGAUUGCGAGUACUCCGCAUGUUGUAUCCGCGUGCAAUAUUAGUUUCACCCACCGCAUACUCCCUCCUUGAAUAAAUAAAAAGAGGUACAUUAUCUAGCUCCGGUAAGGCUAGCCAUAGUGCUAGUAUCAUAGCUAGUAUCAUGCACAUUGGCCCCACAAAAAUGCUGAUGUGGCAGCUAAUUAAGGAGGAGAGAGGAGAUUAGAGUAACAUAGGUAGAUACUGUAUCAUAGCGCAUGUCACGAGAAAAGUUAAUGCCAAACAAAUCUUGUGCACAAAUUUGCAUUGAGAUUCUAAAAAGUAAUAAAUAUAGCAUGACUAUGAUACUACUUCAUGAUACUAACCACUAUAGAGAUAGUAUCAUACACAAGUAUCAUAUGCAUAAUACUACUACAUGAUACUUACCACUAUGACCAGCCUA